GGCAGCGAGGAGCUGCAGCGAGACGUGCAGCAGACACUGAGCCGGCUGAGCUGCAGCAGCAGCAGCAGCAGCAGCAACAGCAAAGGGCUUUUGAAUUACUCUCUUGGAAGGCCGCAAGAUGA